GUGUGUUGUUAUAUGCUGUUCUAACUAACCUAUUUCCUUGCAGGAUUACUUUAAAUAGUGGCAAGCAGGUUUGAGUGAAUACAAUAGAGGUGACUCUUAUGCGCUUUUUGAUAUACUGAUACUUUGAUAUCUGCACAUAAUUUGCUAUUGGCCUCUUAGCUGCCAUUUUUUCUUUCCUUUUUAAAACAAAGGAAAUACAUGUAACUUGUGCAAGGGCCAUUCUAGAAGUGGAGGGUUGUGAGGUGUAUGGAGAGAUUUUUAAUAUCACAUAACAUGGCGAAUCGCAAUAAAAACGCUGAUCGCAGAACCAAGCAAGGAUCCGAUAUUGGUGUACAGGCUUCAUCCAUAGACACCAUGCAUGACACUCAUACCUUAGACCCUCAUCCCAUAGUCAAGCAAAUCUCUACCCUAUUUCUACCUAAAAUAGAAAACCUUCAGAAAGGGGUUGAUACUCUGGCGGAAGAGGUGAAACAAUUCUCGACCAGAGUAUCAGAGGUGGAAACGAGGGUUUCCGAUUUGGAAGACACGCAGCAUAUUAACUGCAAUAAAUUAGUAGCUUUGGAAAAAUACACCACGACACUUCAACAAAAGAUAGAUGAUCUAGAAAACAGAUCACGGCGGAAUAAUGUUCGCCUAAUAGGUCUGCCUGAAAAUGUGAAAGCCAAUGAUAUUCUAAAAUUUGUGGAAACUACCCUCCCUCCUCUGUUAGAGAUCCCAAAGGAUGCGUUACUGCAUAGUGUAGAGAGAGCGCAUAGAGUAGGCCCAGAGAGGCCAGCUAUGGACCGUAAUUCACAACCACGGCCUGUGAUGAUUAAAUUCCUACAUUUCCAGACUAAAAUGGCAGUACUCAGAGCUUAUAGAAAGAUGGAUGAGGUAUUAUUUGACAAUGCUAGGAUUUUAUUGUUCCAAGACUAUUCUGCAGAUCUAACGAAAAUACGCAGGGAGUUUUCAGCGUUAUGUUCUAGGCUACACAGAGAAGGGAAACAUGCCUAUUUACUUUAUCCUGCUAAACUUAAAAUUGCUACCUCUAGAGACCCUAAAUUCUUUGAUUCCCCACAGGCAGCACAGGAAUUUUUGGAGGGAGAAGCUGGCUCCCGAAGUCCCUCAUAUGCUAGGGGGGAGAGGGUUAAAAAUAGAUUCUGUGCUGGUAAAAACAACGAGAUCUAAGGUUUACUGAUAAUAAUGGCUUGUGUAGUCAGUGAGGAGAUGAAGUUUCAUCCUAGAAAGACUGUAUUCCAUACUCAUGUUGAGGACUUGGGAUUGUUAAUGUUAUGUUGGUUAUGGUUGGUUCUUUUGGUAAAGAGGAUUAGGUUUCAAAGUCGCACCUUGAUUGCAUAUAAUGAACGGUUCUUGGACCACAACGAAAAGGAGGGAGGAUGGAGGCACACUGAUAUUGGCUGGGGGAACACUCAAGGUUAUGUUAGCAAAUUACUCAGAUGUGUCCUCCUCCUACCUCGGCUGGUUCCCUCAGUUGGUGUAUGUAAUAGAAACAAAUGUAUAACGGGGUAUAUACCUCUAUGCAACAUAGGAUUUUUGAACAGAAGUUUUUUUGGGGGGGUACAGUAGGGUGGGGGAAUUUGUUGGCGUAUAUUUAAGGUCAAAUAAGCUUAUAACAAGUUACUUAUCAAUAUUACUUUUUGCAGGUUCUCUUACAGUAGACAGGACUCUUACAUUUACCGAAAAAGGUGGUCUGGCACGCAAACGGACCAAAUGAUUUGAAAGAACUUGAGCGAGAGGGCCCAGUAUCAAUAUACUUUUUGGACUACCUCACAUACAGAGAGCAACAAACAUGCCUGGAAAGAUAAGCCAACAUGGACCCAUGGUUGUUAAGGAAACAGAUUCAACACAAGACAAUAUAUCAAUACAGACCUCUGGAAGUUAGAUACAUCCAUCUUCUCAGCUUUUCAUUAGAGGGAAUGAGGAAAAUAGAAAUAAUUAAAAAAAAAACUUUGCAUACAAUUGGUUGAGAUUGUACAUGAAAUAUUCAAAGAGUCUAUUACAACAUAAGAGAAGACAGGACUUUAUCCCGUAAUUGUCCAUCAUUCCGUUGAUAUUAAAGUAAAGUCUUUAAGGUCUAGUCCCGUGUGGACUUUCUGUUUCCAAAUUGUUUAACAUUAACAAAAUAAUCACAACAAUUAAAGUAACUAUACAACUAACUGGGAGGGAAGGCGGAAAAAAAAAAAAGAAAAAAAAAAAAAAAGGUUAUUAAGGGACCCCACUGAAGGUAUACUCUUUGUUAAAAAAAAAGCAUUUCCUCAGAAGGGGAUAAAUCUGGACCCUAGUUCUCUCCUGAGUCAGUCAUAGUUUGCCACUCUCCCCCAAGAUUCAUCUGUAGCAUAGCUUCCAAAUGGGCAAAGGGCUGUAAAAUCGAUCUCUGCGGGGCUGAUUAAAUGUAGUGAUAAGAGGUUGCCAUUUUUGUAAGAAGGGUCGUAGUCUGCGGGCUGUGUCCAGCUUUACAUCCUACUGUUUUACAAAGAGUUGUCUCAGCAACAGGCGCUUAAACUGGGCUAUAGUCGGGGGUUGCCUAGAUAUCCAUUUAUUAAGGAUGCAAUGUCUAGCUAAUUAUGUACACAAUGUGAGUAAUCUGUGAUAUUUUUUAUGGGUGUCAUCCCACUUAAAAAGAUAUAUCUCUGGAGCGUGUGCUAGCAGCGGUCUGAAAUGACCGCAGAUUUCUAGAUUUCUGGCAGAAAAUCCUAAAUCCGCCGAUACAGGAGAUCUUUUACAGCACAAAAAUCAACCUAAUAACUAGUAUCACGGAGAUGCUCAAUAUUAAAACAAAUUUAAGCUAUUUGCUGUAUUCUUGAUGCCGGAUCACGAGAUUGAACAAAUAAGGCCUGGAGCAGCGGCUCAAAACAGGCAGCGCUUCCUCCCUCGGAAAGCCGAGGUAUUUUGCAGAGGUCGGGAUCACGAGCAGCAAAAUAUCGCCUUGCACACUCUCAAAGAGACUUUGGACAAGAAAUAUCAAUUUGAACAGAGGAUUUAGGGCUAAUAAAUACCUUCUUAUAAGAUCAAAUAUGGCGGCUGAGAGAGAGCAUGGCUUGACAACUCGCAUAGAUAACAUACUGAUAAAGCUGGAAGCACGCCUGUUGGACUUGUUUCAAAGAGCUCCCUGGGACUAUCUAAUGGAUAAACAGCAGAUACGAAGUAAGAAGAUGAGUACAGACGGAGCCUUAGAUGUGGCUGCACUGGGAGUUGGCAACGCGGGAAUGGGCGCUCCAGUGGAGCCUCCCCUGCAGCUGAUACAUGUUCACAAAAAUUCAACAUCGCUCCAUACAUUAAAACCGCUCCAAACAGAGCCAAUGCAACAAUCUGACUAGUUCAAAGCCCAAGAACCUGGCUGUCACUUUAACUCUAAAACCUAAAUAUUGGCUUCUUGAGAAAAUAUGUCAACUCGCAACUACGCACCCACCGGCAAAACAUGCUAACCUAUCAUAUGGGAUAGAGUCGACAGGCAAGAUUAUACUGAAUGCGGAGCUGCUCUGGGAGCUUGAGGGGGACUCUCGGACUGCCUCUGAUAUCCUCCGGUCUCGAACCUUGUCGGCAAACAACCCAUCACAUGGAGUGAGUGUGGUUCCUUUACUGAGGACAAAUGUUUCUCCCAAUUUAACUGAAAGGGUUCCUGACAGACGGGCGAGAAGAGGAUAAUUGCUUAGAGCCUUGGAAGUAGGCCUGGAAAUAACUUAGACAAGUCAGACUUUGCCCUAUUCCAUUAUGCAAUUAUAUGUUGAUUUAACCAGUUCCUAUAUUCGUGUUUCUCUUACUAAAAUUCUCUUAAGCAAAUGCAUGAUGUUGUAGCAUGUUUCUACCUACAUGUAUAUCUUACUAAAACUCUGUUAUGCAAAUGUAUGAUGCUAUAUCCUGUUUCUAUAUGCAUGUUUCCCUUAACAUGGUUAAUAUAAUGCUGUGUUUUAUUGGCAUUUGUGCACUGCGAGGUUAGGUUAUGUAUUCGGUUUCUAUGCUAUCUCGAAAAGAGAAUAUGAUUGACAAGAUCUUGCUUCUAUUAGCAGCAAAUAACAAGCACUAUAGCUCUCAUGUUUAUUUAUCAGCCUCCCUUAGUUUUGUUUAUGAAUUGCCCGUAUGUUUGUUACAUCUCAGAUUAACUUCUGCAGGGGUUAGUUGGGGACCUCUGGGAAAGCAUCUUUUACAGUAGAUAAAUAAUAGGGGACACUGAUUUCACAGAGUCAAGGCUCUUUAUAUGAAGGGAGGAAGUAAAUGGUUGAAGUGAUGCUCUUGUCAUGAUCAUUGUAUGCACUUACUGUUUCCUCAAUAAUAAAAAAAAAAGAUAUAUCUCA